CUGGCGCUCGAUUUUUGCAGGAGGCCAUUAGUGAUCGAUCGCACUGGCAGCCAGAAAGCAUUUCCGAGGUAAUCGCACGCUCGCUGUGGUCUCCCGCUCCCAGCGGGACUUUGACGAGAGCCAUAGCUCUUUCGAGCUACGGAACCAUGGCCUCCGAUUCUCCUAGAUCUCUCCGGGCUCAGAUUCCUCAGAGCAGCAGGCCUGAUGGAUUUCCUGCAAAUGGAACUCCAGAUGCUGCUACAAUUCCUAUCCACAUUGUUACGCAUGCUUCUCAACUUCCUUUGGAAUUUCUGAAUGCUUCAGCCGACAGCCAGCUGGUUGUUGGCUUUGAUUGUGAAGGCAUUGAUCUUUGCCGUUAUGGAGGUCUUUGCCUAAUGCAGAUUGCAUUUACAGAUGCCAUAUACUUGGUUGAUACCAUUGAAGGUGGAGAUGCACUUGUUCGAGCUUGUAAAUCUGCACUUGAGUCUAGUUACAUUACAAAAGUCAUCCAUGACUGCAAAAGAGAUAGCGAGGCCCUAUAUUUUCAAUAUGGUAUCAAAUUGCACAAUGUGGUAGAUACCCAGAUUGCCUAUUCUUUGAUUGAGGAACAAGAAGGAAAUAAGGCAGCAAUGGAUGAUUAUAUAUCUUUUGUCAACUUACUCGCCGAUCCUCGCUAUUGUGGUGUAACUUAUGAUGAGAAGGAAGAAGUUCGUGGUCUUCUAAGAAAGGAUCCUAAUUUCUGGACAUACAGACCAAUGUCCGACCAGAUGAUCCGUACAGCUGCAGAUGAUGUCCGCUUUCUCCUGCAUAUUUUUCACAAAAUGAUGGAUAAGUUGAACCAAAAAUCUUUGUGGCAUCUCGCUGUUCGUGGAUGUCUAUACUGCAGAUGUUUCUGCAUUAAUGAAAAUAACUAUGCUGAUUGGCCACCUCCCCCUUCUCUUCCUGAUAGCCUUGUUGCUGAAGGUUAUGCUCCUCCUGAAGAAAUUCUUUCAGUGGUAGAUGUUCCUCCCGGAAAAAUGGGACUGGUUAUUGGUAGAAAGGGUGCAUCUAUUCAAUCAAUAAAAGAAUGUUGCGAAGCAAAAAUUUUAACUGGUGGAACCAAGGGUCCUCCCGACAAAGUCUUCAUCAUUGGACCUGUGAAGGAGGUGCGGAAAGCAGAAGCCAUUAUUCGAGGCCGGUUUGCGACAUUCUAGCUUCCAUCAAAGGUAUUCUCUACCAAGAAGGAUGGUAAAAUCCCAUUCAACUAAACUUUCUCUCAUAGUUAACAUCUCCAAUUAUGAUGUAUAUUAAUAAUCAUGUUACAUACUAUCUACAAGAGGUGUUCAAAACUUUUUCUCCUGCUUAUACAUGACAAUUGGAUCUGUUGUUUUUUUUUUCUUUUUACCCUAACCUCACUGCUUUAGAAAUUCAAUUU